GUGGAGGCAUCCCAGUCGUGCCGCAGGAGACAGAACCGAGGAGACCUGCCUCCCGGCCCUCAACCCCGCUGCACCCCACCAACCUCCCCUCCCCUCCCUCCUGGCUUCGGCCCCCACACCCUGCACCCCACUACCUUCCAAAGGCCUAACGCUCCCACCAGGACCCCAGAACUCACUACUAACCCACCCAAGGCAGGAGCCCUGGCUUCCAACCCCAACUGUUCUGCUUCACAAGAUCCCCACUCCCUUCCCACAAAACUCUGGAGUCCUGGCACCCAGGCUUCCUUCAGCAACCCAUGUAUCACCCUUCAGAGAUGUUCUCACAGUACGGGGGCUCCUAUCCUCUGCGGCCUCCCCCGCCUCCAGGAGCUGGGUAUCCCCAGAGUCAGGCACCCCAAUACGAAGCCUUCAGAUAUCCAGACAUCGAUGCUGCCCCCAAGCUGGAUAGCUUCUUUCCCAGCUUGGAACCUUCCGGACGCCUCCUGCCCCCAGCUCCCGGCCUCCCUUACGGGUCGAGUCAGGCUCUGCCACCAGGUCCCCCGCCAAGCGCGCGUCUCCCCUCUGGAGUACGAAUGAGCCUGGAGAAUGGGGAGCUUUGGAAAAAGUUCAGUAGCGUCGGCACAGAGAUGAUCAUCACCAAGGCAGGCAGGCGGAUGUUUCCACAGCUCAAAGUUUCUGUCACUGGACUGGACCCCGAGGCCAAGUAUUUGCUGCUGGUGGAUGUCCUCCCCGUUGGCGGCUCCCGAUACAAGUGGCACAGCAAGCGGUGGGAAGCCAGCGGCAAGGCGGAACUGCCUCCCCCGGACCGGGUCUACAUCCACCCCGACUCGCCUGCAUCCGGGGCCCACUGGAUGCGCCAACCGGUAUCCUUCCACCGGCUCAAGCUCACCAACAACACACUGGACCCCCAUGGACACCUGAUCGUCCAUUCCAUGCACCGUUACCAGCCACGGGUACACGUGAUUGGAGCUGGAGGGCGCCGUGGGGCAGGCGGUGGCUGCGCCUCCUUCACUUUUCCCGAGACCCAGUUUCUGACAGUCACAGCCUACCAGAAUCCACAGAUCACCCAGCUGAAGAUUGAGAGCAACCCUUUUGCCAAAGGCUUCCGAGAAAAUGGGAUGAACAGCAAAAGGGAGCGCGAGGCCAGAAUCAAGAGGAAAAUAAAGGCAAAUGAAUGCGAGACCGAUGUGGGGGAAAGCGAGAGCAAGAAAGGCCCAUGCGAUUCCACCCUUACAGAGGAGAUGCCUUUGGACCACCAGCAGCCACCGCCACCGCUACUUCCGCAUCCUUCCUGCUCCUUCUAUCCCACUGCAGGGACUAAUCCCAGUGGGGCUGAGGCGUAUGUGCAACACCCGGCCGCUUUCCAUGGUUUGCAAGGAGCCCCAUCACCCUACAGCAGCCCAGGUCAAGAAAUGACAGCUCCUCCACCUUCACCCACUGCCAAGUCACCUCUUGAGCCGUCAGACUUCAGGGCGAUGCUCCCGACAAGUUGGAACAGCUUGGAUAUAAUUCCAUUCCUGGGGGGGCCUGAACCACCAGAUGCUUCUCCCUUCCCACCUUUCAAAUUCAGCUUCACGCCUUAUCCCCCCACUGCUCGUGUGUAUGGGCCUCCUACGAGUUACCCUGGCUCCCAGCCACCCAUGCUCUAACCCCUAUUUCUCCCACAAUACCCAAAAUCCUGGCUCCUAGCUCUUCUAUGUAUGUUUGGGGGUGGUUGUUUUGCUUCCCGUCUUGUUAUUUCUUUGGGAAGAGGCAGUGGUAAACUUGUGUGUAUCCUUCAUUUUAAAAUGAAAUCCUAA